AUGGUGACAAGUAAGAUGCCUGUGUGUACCCCAAGCCGAAUCAAGUCAAUUAAUCUCGACGUGUCUAGCAGAGCCGGUUCCAACCAAUCCAUCAACAACGCCAUCGUGCGUGAGAAUGAAGACCUGGCUCCGAAUUUCGACUCCGCCCUCGAUGCAACCCCUGACGAGUCGGAUGCAGUGAUGGUUCUAUUUCGCCAGCGCUUCCCGGACUUUCCUAUGGAUCGCACCUUCACACCGGAGCAGAAAACAUACUUUGGAAAUUACCUGGCUGCCAAUCACAUCCCCACAGCCAGACAGUAUGCUGUAAACGCAGCCUGGCAGCAGCUCAAAACCCAGAGUGAUUUGCAGGGAGGUAUAAUGUUUGAGCAGCAACGUCAGCAGCAGGCAGCCCAGGCUCAGCGAGAUGCCGAAGAAAAGGUCCGAAUGCAUGCACAGAGACAUCCCGAGUUGAACGUUCGUGUGAUAGACCUGGCUCAUCAGCGCGAUACGCUCCAAAAGACCUGGGCGCAACAUCAGUAUCGCGCACAACGCGUCGAGGCGCUAGACGAGUUGCAUCGCCUAGUCUUUGAGCAUUCGACCGUCGAGAGACAGCUCCAUCAGCAGGCACAGAUGCAAGUCCAGGCGCAGGAAGAAGUGCGCCGUCAGGUGGAGGCUCAGAUGCAAUCUCGCAAGGCACAAGCUCGAUUGGAGGCGCAAUUGCAGGCUGCUCAGCCCCAGCAGGCCUCAGAAGUCAGCUAA